AUGCCGUCAAAAUAUGGCCCUGAAGAGGCCCCUGUUAUUGCCCUUUUGAGCGAAACGGAGAACCCGCAGGAGAUUAUCCCGUAUAUCGGCAGCUCCCCUGCUGAAUCCCUGGCAAUACGGUUGGAGUAUCUGGCUGAGGGCGGAGCGAAUGUGGUCUAUCAGAUCAGGACUGACCCUGUGAAAUGGUCGAGGGCGGUCCUCCAGCGACCGUUGAGUGCGGUAAAAGGCCAUAGGGAUGCAUCCACCUGCGAGCGGAUCCAGGAUGAAGUUCUUCGCCUUCGCAAGGCCCCAGGUUCUUCAAAGCAGUCCUAUGUCUCCACAACUGCUGCCGAAGAUUAUCUUGAGGACGUGAUCGCACCAAGUCUGGGCGGCCACGAGUGGCUCAUUCCCUCCCGGAAGAUCAGAGUCCACCCCCGGGUCAUCUCGGCAUGUAACAAAGAGCUGAUUUUGCACCAAGCCUUGGGAAAUCGUCCAGACAGCCGAGAGCAUUCCAUCCUGGAAGAAUCUGAGCUAUUUGGCCUACUCAUGGAGGAUAUGUCAGGCAUUCGCGGAAGCUCAUUCACGAUCCAAUUCAAGCCGAAGUGGCUCUCGCAUUCGCCGAACGCUUCCAAGUCGGCAAGGCGUUGCCGCACAUGUGCACUAAGAGCAAUGCGAGGCACUGAAGGCAUGGCUCCGGUGGGAGAAGUGCAGUGUCCCAGGAACCUUGUUGGAGACCACCCCGAUAAUUCUCGCUUGGAGAUCCUUCAAACCCUUCGAGCCAAUGGCAUCCCAUGUGCAGAGUCGAAACUACGAGAGCGUCUUCCGGAUGUACUGCAGGAUCUGACGGAGUAUUUCUACAGCGGAAAAGGUCGAACGAUUCUUGACAAAUUAGCCGCCUUGCAAGAGCAGCUGGAUCCGCUCGGUAUAGUCAAGCUCAGAGCUCAACCGGGCGGAAUGUCCUCACAGCAGUUGAAAGACCUACAGCUGGCCAUGACCUUUCGCGACUGUUCUGUAUAUGUCCGAUACCACUGGGAUAAAGGACUCGAGGGCAUUGAAACUCGGGUCGGGGACUUGGAUCCGAAAGUUGGGGAAAGCAAGCUCGACGAAUGGCAUGACAUUGAGAUGGGGUUGAUUCAAGGCGGUUGGUAUGAUGGGAUAGAAGAGCUGUCCCAAGGCCAGGCACAAGAUACGAAAUGCUCGCUCUGGAAUCCUCCACAACCUUCCAAGAGGUACAGCGAACGGAUUGAUGAGUUGAUGAAGGAUUUCAACGCUGAUUUGGAGGUGGCUUAUAAGAGUCGGUCAUCUGACGAGUGUUCCGACGGUUAA